AACUGGGAAGGGUACCAUGUGAGAUUGGGGUAGAGAGAGGGAGAAAGACAGAAGGAAAGAAAGAAACAGAGAGAGAGAGAGAGGGGCUUCAGAAACGGGAAAGUAUAUGUAUAUCAAGGGCUUUCAAGGAAGAAGGCCCUUUUUGCAGGAGAGAAAUUGAUGGCCACACUCUCUCUCUCCUCUUAUCUUCUCUCUUGAUUUAUUUAUUCUUUUCUUUCCAAAAAAGAAUUGCAGAAAAACGCCGACUUUCGUCUCCGGUGACGGUGCCACCGCUCAACCGCAGCUUUUGCCUAAUUUAAUUUCCCUUUUUGUUCUUAAUUACGGAUUAGCGGCAAAUUAAUGGAGUUUGAGGAUCAAGAAGAGCACGAGGAAGAGAUUGGGUUGCCGACCAGUUACGACUCCUUUGGAAACUCGACCAGAGUCAAAAUGGCCACUUCUGGAGGCGAGGGUUCUCCUGCCCCCAGAAAGCCCAGGUACAGGGAGUGCCUGAAGAACCAUGCCGUCAGCAUCGGAGGGCACGCCGUCGAUGGCUGCGGAGAGUUCAUGGCGGCAGGAGCUGAAGGCACCCUGGACGCGCUGAAAUGCGCGGCCUGCAACUGCCACCGCAACUUCCACCGCAAAGAGAUGGAAGGCGGUGGGGAAGGCUUCCACCAUCACCACCACCCCCACCAGCCGCAAUUUUCGCCCUACUAUAGGACGCCGGCGGGGUACCUGCACGUCGCAGCUCACCAUAGGCCAUUGGCUCUGCCGUCGACAUCGGGUGGAGGCGGAACCCAUAGCCGGGAUGACCAAGAGGACGUGUCCAACCCUAGCGGAGCUGGGUCAUCAAAGAAGAGGUUCAGGACCAAGUUCACGCAGGAGCAAAAGGAUAAGAUGUUCGGUUUGGCAGAGAGUUUGGGGUGGAGGAUUCAGAAGCAUGACGAGGCAGUGGUGCAGCAGUUCUGUAGCGAAACGGGCGUGAAACGUCAUGUGCUCAAGGUUUGGAUGCACAACAACAAGCACACCCUGGGCUUGCCUACAAGACAUACCCUUCAAGAUGCUUUGCUUGUUCCGGGCGAGCCCAGUAGCAGUUAAAGCUGCACACUGGAAAUGUGGUCCACCUACAAGGGCAUCUUGGUCAAAGAUAAGCCAGAUCAAACAGUUGUAAUCAUCCAAUUCCUCUUCUACCUAUAUAUCCAAAUUGAUCCACUGUCUCUAUUUUAUCUUUUGGUCAUUUAAAGAAAUCCCAACUGUGGGAUUUCAGUCUGAGAGUAAUUGAAAGACGAUUUGUGAAAUAUUAUGCACUAGGUAAGGCGGUUUUCUUCUCAAA